AUGGGACGAUCAAGCUACCCUUCGCCGCUGGACAGCCCGUCCAAACAGCUCGUCUCCGACCUAGCCCGAGAUCUGGAGCAGCUGCGAGUCCACAACAACGAGCUGAAGAAAGUGAAGGCCUUCGAGCGUCGGUCCUUUUACGAAACCCUCGAUCGGGCCGACAGCGAGCACGAAGCCGUCCACAAUGCCGCCCUCGACCAAGUCGCCGCGCGUCAUGGACAGCUGUUGGAGGAAGCCGAGGAGGCCCUGCGCGUGCACCGACGCGCCGUAGAGGAAGAACGACGUCGAAAGGCGGAGGAGGAACGCAAGGAGGCCGAGCGAGUGGCGCGUGAAAAGGCCGAGAGACUCCGGCGGGAACAAGAAGAACAGGCUCGACGCGAAGCCGAACACAAGGCCCGGGAGGAGGCCAAGAAGAAGGCCGAGGCCGAGGCGGAGAAGAAACGACGCGACGAACAGGCGGAACGAGAGCGCAAGGAGAAGCAGCGAGUGGAGGAGGAGAAUCGGAAGCGCCAAGCGGAGGCUAAGAAGGCCGAGGAGGAAGCCGCUCGAGCCCGAACCGAAGCGGAGCAGAAGGCACAGGCGGAGCGCAGGACCCAAGGUGCCAAUGGCCGGCCGACGGAGCAGGAGCUCAAGGUGCACAAGCGCUAUCUGGAGUUGCACCAGCACCUGAAGAAAUUCCGACAGUACAUGAAAGACACGAGCAAAACCAACAACACGGUCAAGCAAAACAUGGGAGACAUGCGCCGGACGAUCAAGAAGUGUGUGGGCCAGCUGCGUGAAGGAAAGGGAAGCAACAAGAAUCAGCUGCAGGAAAUCAAGACAACGCUGGAAAAAGCCGCUUCCAUCCCCGAACCCUCGGUGGACAUUCGCCAGUUCAUAGCUUUCCCGCCCCCCGAGAUUGCCAACUCCGAAAACGAAAAAGUGCCGGCUCUUCUGAUCUACUCGCUGAACAUGUUUGCCAAAAGUUUGAUUGCGUCGCUUCUCAACGAGGCCUCGCUCAACCACGGUCACGCGGAGCCGGUGGGCAUCGUCGCCGCGCAGAUCUUCUCGAUGGACGCGUUCAUCUACAAAGGCUGUCCCAUGGUGGACAUCCUAUGGGCCAAAUACCGCGUCGUGUGCCCGGGUCUAUGGGGGUUCUACGGCAGCGAGAAGACCGAAGGGGGCCGGAAGGCGCUGGGAUGGUGGCGCGACGGACCGGACGGGCCCUAUAUCAGCGAGCAGAUGCAUGCGGAGCGAAUGACGGCCCUGGGAGCCGGGUUCGCGGCGCUGACGCUGCGGAACUUUGGCAAAACUCCUCGCAAGAAUCCCUUCCCCAACCACAUGUUCUGGCGGGCGAUGCACAAGAUCCUGUCCGUCCCGCCGUCCGACAUCCAGGAGACCCACCUGAUCCUUCUCUCGUCGAUGCUGAAAUCAUCAGCAGAGCGAGUCGUCAGCUUCUUUGGGCAUGUCGGGCUGGCCAUGAUGCGCAGAGCCAUUGUCGAUCUGCCAUCCACCCUGCCUGGUAAAUCAAUGGGCGUGACGCAGCUCCAACUUCUCAAGGAUCUCUACAAGCGGGAGAAGCACAUUAUCAUUUGA